CUUUUUGACAGAUGUUGUAUUAGAUAGCAAGGGCCUACACGUUCACUGUUAACUUUCCAAUACGUAAAACUGUUAAAUAUGAUAAAGGAGCCCAUUCCUGAAGUGGACAUGAGAAUGGUGGCCAAAAAUGCAGAGGCUCAUCGACGGGGCAUUUUGGGCUUUGCUCCUCGGAUCGCAAUGCUCACUGUCGACUACGACGAUCUAGACAGGAUCGACAACUUCUAUCUGGAGAGCCAGAGGUACCGGGACUAUUACCGCGACCCGCACAACACUCUGCACAAGCCGCCCCGUUUUCGGCGACAUCAGGGAAAGUGCGGCAUCAAACUGGACACCAGUGUCCAGCACUUGACCCGGCCCAUCCGUUGGGUCAAGGAGCGACAGCCAGUGAUCUAUCCUUCUUUAAGGGACACUGCCAUGAUGGUGGGCAUACCGAUUUCAUCCAUGCUCAUAGGCCACUACGACAAGGCGUCUUGUGUCUCAUUUCAUCGUUAGGGAAAUUGAUUUUUAUGCGAUUGCAGGCGAGCUGAGAUUGUUUGCGAAGUCUUUGUUUUCCAUUAGGGUGAAUGCACUUGGUGGUCAGAAAGGCGCUCGCAGGUCAUCUCAGUUCACCUGUCAACGAAUCACAGAGCUGGGAGUAAAAUCUAAUGUAUUAAAAUAAAUGUUUUAAUGAUA